AUGACGUCGAGAACACGCUGCUUUUUCGACAUCAAAAUUGCUGAUACUAACGCUGGUCGAAUCGUAUUUGAGCUGUACAAUGAUAUUUGUCCACGAACAUGCGAAAACUUUCGAUGUUUAUGCACAGGAGAGAAAGGUCGUAGUGAAGUGUCUCACAAGAAACUAUCCUACAAAGGAUGUGUAUUCCAUCGUAUUGUGAAAGAUUUCAUGAUUCAAGCUGGCGACUUUAUCGAAGCAAGAUUGAUUGCGAAGACAUAA